ACAGUUUCUUCUCGGGACCAUUAAUUCCAUGAACCCUCGAUAUUCAUGUUCGCUUUACGACUUUAGUAUCAAAAUAAAGUUCUCAGUAAUAUUGUAAAAAUUCGUCAGGAAUUCAUACCGGAGAGAAAAUUUCAGAACUUGUUUUCUGGUGUUACGUAAUUACAAUCCUCUUAUCUUCUGUUGUGGAGACUUGGCACCGAGCACACUUUUGAAACCGAUAAUGGGACUCGUGAGAAUUGAACUGAUCGUGGUCCUCGUGGUUUGCGUUUCACUUGGCGGAUAUGGGAACCCUACCUCGAAAAUCCUCGGAGGUAGUGUUGUAGCUCCAGGGGAGCUACCAUGCCUUGCAUUUUUGCAGACACGCGAUGGUCAGUUUCUCUGUGGAGCCGCUAUCAUCAGUGACAGUCACCUUUUGACCGCAGCGCAUUGUAUUCUUAAUCUCAGAAACGGCCGCAAUGUCAUUCGGCACCUCAUAGCUGUCACAGGAACCGUCGAUAGACACUCGUUUAAUCCAGCCGAUACUUUCAACAUAACCAGAUUCUAUUACUCUCGCAAUUACACAACCGUACUUAAUGGACCUGAUAUUAUGAUUUUGAAGUUGAAUGGAUCAAUUGUCUUCGAUAAUUUUAAACAACCAAUCGCACUACCGAGCACACCCACACCCUCCGGUGAAGUGGCAACCGUUAGUGGCUGGGGCCAUGCAAGCUUGGUUGAUGGAAAGAGGGAAAUCCACCAACAUUUGCUCAAACUUGGCGUGAAAAUAAUAGACUUAGACGAAUGCAAAUCUCACUUUGGCGACCGCGUCGGCUUGAACAAUAUGUGUGCUACUUCUGCCAUAGGAAGUGGAUUUUGCAUGGGUGACAGUGGUGGACCUCUUAUUUACAACAGCACAGUGAUCGGCAUUGUCAGCGUUGCUUUGGGGGACACGGGACCUGAGUGCGGUUCCAGGCACCCAGAUAUAUAUGCGAAUGUCUAUCUACAGACAUCGUGGAUUAAAUGCGUAAUGAAAGAGGAAGGCUCAUGUUUGGGAAUUAUCGUUAGACAUUAAAAAUAACCUUAAUCAAUAAAUUAACAUUAAAGCUAUUGCCUUGUGAAGAAGUAAAUAUAUAAACUGAAGGUACAGGUGAAAA